AUGAAAUCGAUGAAAUCGAGAUAGCCAAUCUAAGUGCAGCAACCAAAAAAGGAAAUACAGGCAGAAGAAGCCGGAAGAGUUUGUUGUUAUCAUUAGCCAUUAAGGUCCGUAAUUCAAGAUGCAAACCCAUUGCCUGUUGUUGCAGAAUAAAGAGCCUCAUCCUUUAUUUCAAGAUGUUUUAAAUCAAGUCCUGACCCAAAUUUAGUUUGGGAAUAACAUACAGAGAAGAAUUUGAUUAGUGAAUUCAAAGAGUUAAUAGAAAAUCGUUUUUAGGAAGUUAAAAGAAGCUCAAGCAUAUACAAAUACUAUGCUAAAAUAGGAUUUCAGGUAUUAAUAUAUUUUUUAAAUAUUCUUGAACUUAUCUUCACAUUAUGUUAUGAUUCAUAUAAUCAAAUCCUUGAUGAAGAUAGUUAUUAUGGGUUCUGCUAUAAUUUUUCUAUUAUUUUGUGUAUUUUACUUCACAGUGGAGCCUGGAUGUACACUUAUAAAUUCAGAGAAGUAGCUAAACAAAGUUUUGUUGUUGAAAUCGCCUACUAUAUAUAUUAUAUGGUGAUGGGAGCAUUGAGUUAUUUAAAACUAGCUCCCUUUAUUUAUUAUUUCAAUAGAGAUUAAUCAAUUAGAUAGUUCUCUUUUAGUGAAAUUAAUAAAUAUUUGUAAUUAAGCGGAGAAGAUAAAUUUAGAAAUCCCUUGUAUUCUUUUCAAAGAGAGAACAAAGCCUGUCAAUAUCUUUAGAGAUUUAAUAUUCCACAGAGUUGCUCUGCUUUCCAUGAUUAUUACAAUGACCAUUUAGACUAUUCCUUAACUCUUUAUAUAAGGCUUUUAUAACACAGAAAAAGGAUUAUGGGAUGGAUUUAAUGUGUUUAGUUAUUUAUUAUUACUUAGUAAUUUAAUCUAUUACUUUUGCGGAAUUAUAAUUCAUUAUUAAUUUAAACAGAUCUAUCAUUUAAAUUAGAAAAAAUUAAAUUAACAUUAAUUUAAGAAACAAAGUAAUUAUUAAAAUCUGAUUAAUAAUAUAUGGGGUUUGUUUAAUCUUUUUAUUUUCAUAUUAAUCCAACUAACUUCAGUCCUUAUUAGAAGAAAAGAUGUAUGAUUUAAAUAAUAAGUUCCUUAAUAAAGUAGAAAAAAAUUAAGAAUAUUGAAAUUCAUUUUAUUGAUAUAUAUGAAGAAAUUACCUUAAAAUAUUUAGCCAAUUGCUUUAAAUUGAUAAAUGUAGGAAAUAUAAGUCUUUUAUAUCAUGAUUAAAGUCGGUUAUAGUUUUUGCAAGGUAUAUUUGGAAAUGAUCCUAAGAUAACCUUUGAACAUUAAACCAUAGAUAAUCUUGAUAAACUUUGGAAGAAUGAUAAAAUUGACCUAAAUGCACAGAAUAAUAUUGACCCAAAUGCACCGAAGAAGGAGGUCACAUAAAUAGAAUUUAUCGAUAAUCCUAAAAUUACUUCGGGAUGGUAAUUAGUACAACAGAAUUAAUUUAUUAGAAAUGAUUUUAUAUAACUUUCUCAAGAUUUUAUAAACCUGAUUCCAGUCAACCUCAGAGGAUCAUUAUUUCCCUAGAGAGGAGUUAGUAGUAUAAUCAUCAAUUAACAAUCACAAAUAAUUGAUUAAACACCUUAAGUAUUAAAUGAGGAACCUUAAUUAAUUAUCAAUGAAGCAAAGUAGCAAAUUGAUACUAUAACCAAAAGAGCUCUUUUUCAAUAGGCAAUAGGGAAUAUUUAAUUUUUGUUAACUUUGUACGAUUAUUAUGAGGUUUGGAGCAAAUUGGAUUCGUAUUAAGCAACUAUUCAAACUAUUUGGUCAUUGUUGAAUGGGUCCUUAUAAAUUGUUUCUCUCAUCUAUUUGAAUAAUGAAGGUGAUAUGUUUAUAUCUGCAUUAAUUGUUUUAACUGCAGUCAAUCCAAUUUUAUAAAUGUUAUCAUUCGCUAUAUUUUAACAACGCGUAUUCAAAAGGUUUACAUUUUUACGAUAGUUAUCUUAUGUUCUGCUAUUUGCAACAUUUAACUUUUUAAAAAUAUGGGACAUCAUUAUGAUAUGUUUAUAUAUGGGUGUAUAGUAAUUUGCUGAUGAGGUGAAAAGAAGUUUUAGUUCUGAAGGUUACUUUAAGUUUAAGAGUUAUGCUUCAAAAUUUAAAGGCAGUAUAGCUACAACAGUAUUAUAGCGUGAAUCUGUUACUGUUGAUGAGAGAAACAUUUUAUAAAUAAAAAAUUAGCCAUUCUAUGAGGCUGUGAUGUGGAGAACCAAUGUUGAAGAAGCUUUGAAUAAAAUUCCUUAGUUCUUUGUCUACAUUUUAUCAUUAUCGUCUUAACAAAUUAAUGGAAUAUGGAUUCUGUCUUUUUUUCAACAAAUAAAAGAAAGCCUUUAGGCAAUUAAAGAUAUACUAGAGGUUGUUAUUAAAGACUACUUUAUUCCGGCUCUAAUUUUAAGUAAAGUUUCUGUUGAUUAAUUCUUUUAAUCUAUGUAAUAUUUGAAUUCAAUAUCAAAUUAAAUACUGUUGGAAUAUCCUAAAUCCUUCUAAAUUGUUUCAAAAGUAAAAGAAUAGCAUUUAAGAGAAAAGUUUACCUUUAAAAUUAAUAUGAAAUCCUUAAACUUCUCUAACUAUGCAGAUUUAAAAAAAUAGAAGAUGUUAGCCUAGUUUAGGUAUGUACUUGCUUAAAUAAAAACUGUUUUAGAAAUUGAUUAAGCUUAAAGAAUAUUUUGUAUGGGACCUGAAUUAAAUGAUUUGAUAAGAUGUUUAAAAGUUAGUCCGCUUUAUUAAUUAAAAUUGAAUUAUUAUUUUAGAUGA